AUUGCACAGUAAUGCCAGCGCGCACUCAUUCGCAUCCGCAUGGGACCAACAACAACAUUGCCACGCCGUCCGCCCCACACGCCGGCAUGCAUCAUACCAACGCAGACCCAACGCAUCGCUUGCUGGGUCCCAUGGCGCCGCUCGUCCGCCAGUUCGCCGUGCUCGGACUCGAUGACGCGAACGAGCUGCUUCCAUUGCCAAUCCAGCCAGUGAGCGCCGCGACGCCCGUGCCCCACUCCGACCCCACCUUCACCACAGCAACAGCAACAGCAACAGCAACAGCAACACCCAAACAUGGCGUCGGAGUCGGAUCUGCGUCUGGGUGGGCUUCGUCGUCCUCAGCAUUGCCACCGCUCUGCCUCGCAUUCAAGGGCGCAGUGCUCUCGUCGUACGGCCAGCGGGACAUUCAUCGCAUCGACGCUGCUGCUGAUGCUGCUGCUGCUGCUGCGUCGUCACAGAAUAGCACCAAUGCAAUGGAUGACGAUGCGUCGAGCGUCACCUCGUCCAUCCUAGCGCGGCGAAGGCGGCGAAGGCGGAGACUGCGUCGUCAUCACCGUCAUCAGUCUGCGACGGCUACUGCUGCUGCUGCUACUGCGACCACGACCACCAUGACGGCCACGAAUGCCUCUGGAAUGGGCGGCGUUGCGUUGCAGCAGCCGAGCUACAGGGGCAUCCCGAUCGGCGUGGAUGCGAGCGUUCUGGACGCUGAGCUGCAGGCGCUCGAAUGGCGUCGCGCGGGUCGUCGGAGCGAUGACUCGGACGCGAUCCAUCCGUCCUCCUCCUUCUCCAUGUCCCUGCAAGACCAGUCAAGCUCUGCAACGUCAACCGACUCGGAUGACGACGACGACGACGACGACGAUGACGAUCAAGGCUUCGACGAUGAUGAUCAAGACUUCGACGAUGAUCAAGAUCAAGAUCAAGUCAAUCCCGCGAGUCGGCCGCAUUGGCGGGCGCAACCGCGUCGGCUCGAUAGUACCGCAUCGCUAGUGUCUGAAAACCCUGCAGAUCGACUGCAAGCGCAUCCAGCAUCCUCGCAGGAGGAGGUCGACUGCAUUGAUCCAGAGAUGCUCGGGUUGUUCUGCCUGCCGAACGGCAUUCGCUUUUCACGUUCUCAAGGAAAGCCCGUCUUUUACACGUUCGUAAUGACCUUGUCGGACGGAACGCGGCUGUACGGCGCCAAUCUGCUCUUCCACGAGCGCGUCACUUCGCCGAACGUCCGGAUUGCGCUCCGCAUGCUCAGUGACAUUUACAAGAUUGAGCACUUUGAUGGCGCGGCAGUCCCUCCAAGCAUUCUGCCCUUCCUAGUUGGUGACGAGUCCACCCCAUUGUUUGCACCAAAAGUCUUGUGCAUCACCUCCGUCUACCCGGCCUUUACGGCCUUCCGCGAGUAUCUCACCCAGCUCCAUUCGAGCUUUGUAGAAGUGGAGACGGACAUUCCCCUCGAAUGCUUUGUGCACAACCUUGUGGAGGAAGUCCCGCUUCCCCGACCCAACCAGAUUGUCGAGUUCAAGUGCCGGGAAAGCAUCUUUGUGACACGACCAGCGACGGACGAGCUUCCUUUGUUUGACUUUUCCUUCAUGCCGUUGUUCAAGUGUCUUGGUCUUGAUAACGUCCUCGUGCUGUUUCGGUGCCUGCUGGCGGAACAGCGCAUCGUCCUCAAAUCGCGCGACUUGGAGCUCUUGUCGCCAUGCGUGCUGGCGGCAGAGUCGCUCUUGUAUCCAUUGCACUGGCAGCACAUCUUUAUUCCGAUUCUUCCACUUGAACUCCGGCACUUUUUGCAGUCGCCAGUGCCCUAUGUCGUUGGAAUGGCGUGCGUUGCGCCCGAGGCGUCUAAUUUGUCCGACAGCUACGAGAGCGACCGGGCGAACGCAUCGGCAGAGGCCCUGCCCCGGUCGGCGUCAACGUCUCCGCCACGGCGUGACUCUGCCGGCAACUUGAACCUGAUGCACGACGAUGAUGCACACACUGAUCGCCAGGUCCAGAAAAAGAAGGUCUUUCGCUCGUUCAGUGUCGAGGAAGCCGGCCUGGCGCCGGAGGAGGUCGAGCAAGUGGUCUGGGUUGACUUGGACGCAGGAACGGUGAUUGUUCCGGUGACGGACGAGCCCGUGCCGCGGCUGCCCUUGACUCAUUACGAGACGCUCUACUCAAAGCUCUAUUCGACGCUUGCCACUCACCUCAACUCUGUCGAAGCAGAGCGUCUGGCCACCCAUUCUGGCGACAGUGCUGCGGAGGCGCAAAACUCUGCUGCGUUUCUGGACGCCCAUGAGCGACAACUCACCAUGGUUAUUCGCAUGGCCUUUGUUGAGUUUUUCGCCGGCGUGCUUGACGGCUACGAGGACUUUGUGGUGGACAGCGAAGCAGUGGUCCAUGGCCGGGCGGAUGAUAAGACAGACGCGGCGGGCGCUGGAUUGAAGGAUUCCUCUGAAAGAGAUCGAAGCCAAGAUCCAUCAUCAUCGAUGCCAGGCACCCGCCAAGAUUUGCAGUUGCCACCGGCUGGCUUGCGACGGCGACGACAUAGCUUUUCGGCUCACAUGAGCGUCCCAAGUCACUUUAGCGUUUCCAGUGUCGAUCAAGACAUUGCAUUGCGUGAGGCAGAGUCGCGGCUCGCCCUGCAGCAAUUGCAGCUGCAGCAGCAUCAACAACAGCAACAGCAGAACAACUCGGAUCAAUCUCGCACUCGUGUUGGGAGCUUGACGCACAUGAUUUCGUCCUUUUUGAAUCCUCCUCCUCCUGGCAACGACCCCCCUGCCUUGGAGGGCACCGCUUCGGACGAGCUGACCCGCAUGUCUGCCUCGACAGAGUUGUAUCCCGAGCCAAUUCUGGGCGGCGAGUCUCGGGGUGGCUCGACCAUCGCGGCUUUCAUGCGGAAACGCACACGUCGACCCAGCAUUGGAGGUGGCAGCGUCAGUUCAUUGCAAUUGUCGAUGGGCGGAGACGGUUCUGAAACACCUGGUGGCACGUCCCUCGCCUCCGUCACGCGCAAGAUUAUGCUGCGCUUGGCCACGACAGCAACAGCUCGCACAGACGACGGCUGGCUGACCAAUUUUGACACGGCUGGGUUUGUCGCCGACAAGCCCAGCAGCGACCGCUCCUUUUUGGUGCACUUGCUUUCCACCCAGGCCUUCCAUGCGUUCAUUGACGAUCGCCGAGUCAGCCCCGAGCUCCAGUUCUUUGAUUUGUGCCUGCGCAAGUCGAGCUAUCGCUUCCGCUACUUGGUGGCGCCCACGCAACAGCCGUUGCCUGUCGCCACUGCCAGCCAGGUGAUGCCACCACCGACUGCCAUUGUCGGGCGGACUCGCCCACCGCCCCUCCUGGCGCCUAGUCUUGACGGCGACUCGCUGGAUCAGAUUCACAUCCGAGGGUUGCUUUCUGCCUUUGGCAGCAGUGCCAGCGCUGGAUCCAUCCAAAAUCAGUUCAUGUCCUCGGCGAGUGGUGGUGGUGGUGGCAACGCUGCUGGUACUCCUACAACGGCUUCUAUGGGUGGCGAUGCAAGCAGCGGAUUUCUCUCGACCGACGACCACAAUCUGACCGCCUUGCUGUUUACUUCUGGUCGUCGCAAAGACGGCUUUCGUGCGCCGGAGCCUCGGCCAGCCAUGUUUGCCAAUCACCCGCGCUCUCUCGCCAAAGGCCACUUUCCGCUCUUGUCCACCCAGACCACGAGUGUGUCCGCUUCUGGUCCGAUGGACGCGCGAACUGGACCCGCCUCGCAAGCCGCUGCGGCUGUUGUCGCUCCGCCCGAAGCGUUUGGCCCUGGAACAGCCCUUGGUGUGGAGCAGCAUGCCGACACUCUGCUCUCUGACGGCAGCGAUGCAGACGCUCUUUCGCAGCACCCCCACAUCGCCGUCACGACUCCAAAUGUGGCAAUGGACAACAUGGCUGCAGCAGCAUUUGCGGUGCGUGCGACUCCGCGACGCACCUUGCAGGAUCGGAGCCGCUUGCUGGACGAGGAGGGCUUCGAGCCCGUGUCUGUGUUUGCAUCGUCGGCUCCCGCCGCACUCGACGCUGGUGGCUUUGCCAAUGGAGCAGAGAUGGACGAGGGCGAGGCGACGGCCAGCCUGUCCUUUGGCCUGACCACGCCUCAGGUGGCCAGUCGAUCCGGGAUGUCUAUCACCGCCUCCAGUGAGACACUGCGCUUUGUGUCACCGUCCACCAUGCCGAUUACCAGCGUGGACGCGUCGACCCCAACAGCGGCUCGUGGCGCUGCUGCCAAUCGAUUGAUUGCAGACUCCUUCCGAGGGAGGGGUUCCUACCAGCAGCUGCCCGAUAGCAGCAGCCAGCAAAGUGUUCUUUCAAGCAAUGACAAGUACUGUGCCGAGAUGCUUGCGGCCGUGAAUGCGAUUGUUCAUCGCCUCAUCAAGCUGCACGCAACCAGCUCCUUCCCCGAGGUCGCCGCAAAGUUUGAACGCGCCGCAGCACGCUCACAAUCUUCUUCCUCAUCGAGCACGGCAGCAAAGACAUCAUCAAGAAGGCUGGGCUUGGGACAAAAUCCGAAUAAUGGUUCUGCCAAGCAGCUCGGCCUGAGUACCACGUUAUUUGAGAAGAAGCUGCACCGACGCAGCCUAUCCUACGAUGGCCAAGUUGCCAACGCGGAUGUGACUGGUCUAGCCGAGACGAAUGGUCUCAAUGGCGCCGAGAGCUCUGCCGCAACUAGAAACCCAAGCCAACGCCAGCCCGGCGGAGCCGCGUCAUCGUCCCAGGCAGACUCCACCGUCCAGCUGCGAGAUUCUACCAGACACAACCAAGAAACGCUGGUGACACUUCUCUGCCUGACCUUGGAGCGGAUUUGGGCCCACGGCUUGAAAAUGUCCCUCGGCAAGUCCAGUUUCUGGCAGCUACUGCAACUGUCCGAGCAGGCGGUAGACUUGGAGCCCAUCGUCCAACUCAAAGAGCUUCGAUCGGGUUUUGCGCGAGGCCGGGCCUGGGUUCGCUAUUGCCUCGAGCGCAGAAUUUUAGCGCAGCAGGUGGACAGGGCGAUGGCUGAGGCGGAUCCUUACUUGGCGUUGUAUCAUCCUACUGCCUUCCUGUGCAAUCCCGAGUUGCGCCUGGCUUUGAUUAUUGCCCUCGCCGGAUUGUCCAUGGUAGAGAGCUCAGAGUUUUCCGCCUCGUACGAGCUGCCGUCGCGACCCGCUCGCGCUUCAGAAAUGCUGUCUCACGGCAUUCAGGUGCAGCGUCGGCGCAUGAUGUCGUUCCGACUCUCUCAGGUUGGGGCCUCAGGAAGUGUCGAGUUUGAUGCUUCGGCAGUGCCACCGCGUGAGGAGCAGACGCACUCCGCCACGGCCACCACGACCACCACCACCACUCCUACUCCUACAACCACGUCCAAUUCGUCCAACAAUGCGACGCGCUCGCGCAGUCAGUCAUCCAGCAUGCUCAUUGUCGGCCCCGAGAAGCCAGGAGUCCUGCAUCCAGUCUCGUUAGACCUGAAGCCGCCAUUACUCCUCAGGUCCGCCGCCCAUCCGAACUCCUCGCGGCAAACGACGACGUCGUUCAACGCCCCGAUUCAGAAUCCGCUUCAUGUGAGUGCCAGUGCUGGUGCCAGUGCUGCGUUACCUCCCGCCAAUCCACCAGAGCUGGUCCAUUCAGCCUCUGCCGCGUCUGGCCUGUUCCAACGGAUGCGCAAAGGUGCAUCACAAGCACCCACGUCCCAGCAACCAUCGUCCUCGAUGUCCCUUCAGGACGUGCUCGAGGACCUGGACUGUGAACGUCAGACGGCGCGGUUGCUCCGCACCGAGUUGGCGUCGGCAAUGCUCAAGAUGGCCGAGUACGAAAGCCGUCAACGCGCAUCCCUGUCGCCACUCGGCUCUGAUGCUGCGAGCGGGAGCACCACGACUCGAGCCUACGAUUCGCUUCCGUCCACCACGUUAUGAGUUUCUUUCGGAGCAUUGGUUUCGAUCGAUGAUCACAAAAAAAUACAACCAAACCAAUUACAACCAA